CGGGACAGCAAAUAUUAAGGGAGGCUUUAGUAUGAGAAAAACUAGUGGUACAGGUAGAGGUAGCUAGUGAUGUCGAAUGACAAAGACAAACUUGUAAGAUGAAUUUGAACUAGUGAACAAUAGAAGAACUUGAACUAGUGAACAAGAAUAGAAGAAGAUUUUAUUUUUCUACUUGGCGUUUGCGGUGACUUGUGAAGAAAUAAAGUCUAGUUGCACAACAGCUAAUUAUGCAAAGGAAGAGAAAAACUCCUGUACUAAGAAUGGUAUUUUUCAGUGCUUAUAUUACAUACUAGAAUGCACAAUCACAGGGAGGACAGGAAGUAGCACGCUAGUAUUGCGUACAUGAUGAUCAUGCUGUUCUGUUCAUAUUUUCGCUUUCCUUUCUCCAUGAUCAUGAUGCUGUGAUAGGAACAAUCUAUAUGUAGGAUACCGCUUGUUGUCUGCGAUCUCCUUUGCUAGUUCUUGCUCUACGGGUAAGGAACGGCAACGCUCUUGAUAUUGACAAGAGGAAUGGGUGCACUCAAAAUUGAUGCCUCAGCCUUCGCUUCAGCCAAGCUAUGGGGGGGAGUUCAGUUAGCCUCCGGCUACUUCCUUCCUUGUAGCUAUGGCCGGAUAGCUUGUCUUUACUGUCCUGUGGGGUCUUAUUUUUCAGAAAAUUUGUCUUCAUCAAUGGGGGAGUGUUACUCCUCCCUCAUUUCAGCCCCUCACCAGGAGCACUCUGAUUCACUAGCGUCAUACUUAGACUGUGGCGCUUCUCUAGGAUGAGCGUGCUCCUGUUCUGUCACUGCGGUGACCUAUGAGUUAUCAGGCCCUCUGUGACUGAUUUCAAAGCUAUAAGCUAUUCGAGCUGUUACCUUCGUAGACAGUUCAGGCGAACAGCGUGCUUGAUGCUGCAUAGGAGACAUCGCUGCUCUUCUGAUGCCCAACAUGACCCCUCAUGAAAAACCCAAGUUCUUGUUGUUGAGAAAUUACAUUUCCUUGAAAGUUUUCUCAAAAUCAAAAAAGUGUUCACGAAGUGCGGGGACAACAAUCGCGAACAAGCACUGAUUGAGA